AUUAGUAAUAAAGUACAGUGACAACAUUAUCUUUUAAAAACACAUAGCUUAGUUUCAGUAGGUCACAGGAGGAGGAGAAGGUUGUUGAAGAUAAAAGCGGGAAACAAAGAUGGCGCAUUUAGGCGGGAAAGUGGUCGGUCAGGUUGUUAAAUUUGGAGGUAACGGUUUCGGUCAGGUUGUGGCGGCGGCCGCGGUGGCUCUUCUGCUCCGACUGUUUUCUGGACCUGGCCCUGCUCUUUUGCCUGAAGACGAUGAUGAGAAGAAGAAUGAUAACGACUUCUCCGGCGAAGAAGCUCCGAUCACUGACAAAGUUGUUCCGGUUACAAUCCGUUGGAGUAACAUCACGUGUUCUCUUUCUGAUAAAUCAAAUAAACAUGUUCGGUUUCUGUUAAAAAAUGUGAAUGGAGAAGCGAAACCAGGAAGAUUGGUAGCAAUAAUGGGACCAUCAGGGUCAGGCAAAACGACGUUGCUUAACGUAUUAGCUGGCCAAUUAAUGGCAUCAACAAGGUUGCAUUUGUCAGGUCUUUUGGAAGUCAAUGGGAGACCUUGUUCGAAUCAAGCUUACAAGUUUGCUUAUGUGAGACAGGAAGAUCUUUUUUUCUCGCAGUUGACAGUGAGAGAGACACUUUCUCUUGCCGCUCAACUUCAACUUCCUGAAAUAUCUUCUGUCGAAGAGAGAGAUGAAUAUGUUAAUAAUCUGUUGUUCAAGUUAGGUUUGGUCAGUUGUGCUGACUCAAACGUUGGUGAUGCAAAAGUUCGUGGGAUAAGUGGUGGUGAAAAGAAACGUUUAUCAUUAGCUUGUGAACUUAUUGCUAGUCCAUCUGUCAUAUUUGCUGAUGAACCCACUACAGGGCUUGAUGCUUUCCAGGCAGAGAGAGUAAUGGAAACUCUACGACAACUCUCCCAGGAUGGACAUACUGUAAUUUGCUCCAUUCACCAGCCUAGAGGUUCAGUGUACAGUAAAUUUGACGACAUUGUUUUGCUAACAGAGGGUGAACUUGUUUAUACUGGUCCAGCACAUGAAGAACCACUGGCAUACUUCUCAGAAUUGGGAUACCGCUGCCCAGAUCAUGUAAAUCCAGCAGAAUUUUUGGCUGAUCUCAUAUCCAUUGAUUACAGUUCUUCUGAAAGUGUAUACUCCUCUCGGAAAAGGAUAGAUGGCCUUGUUGAGUCAUUCUCACAGAAGUUAUUGACAGUGCUUUAUGCAACACCCCUUACCAGAAGGGGGAGCUCCAAGAAUGACAUGAAGUUAAGCAUAAAGAGGAAACAGUCGUGGUGGAAGCAAUUCUGGUUGCUUCUUAAACGUGCAUGGAUGCAGGCUUCUCGUGAUGGGCCAACUAAUAAAGUUCGGACAAGAAUGUCAAUUGCAUCAGCUAUAAUAUUUGGCUCAGUUUUUUGGAGAAUGGGAAGAUCUCAGACUUCAAUACUAGACAGGAUGGGAUUGCUGCAGGUCGCAGCAAUAAACACUGCUAUGGCUGCUCUCACAAAAACCGUGGGUGUGUUUCCUAAGGAGCGUUCAAUUGUAGAUAGAGAGCGGGCAAAGGGAUCUUAUGCAUUAGGACCAUAUUUGCUCUCUAAAUUGAUAGCUGAGAUUCCUGUUGGAGCAGCAUUUCCAUUAAUGUUUGGUGCUGUAUUGUAUCCAAUGGCACGUCUUCAUCCUACUUUGUCCAGGUUUGGCAAGUUCUGUGGAAUUGUGACUGCAGAAUCAUUUGCUGCAUCUGCAAUGGGUCUAACCGUUGGAGCUAUGGUUCCGACCACUGAAGCAGCAAUGGCACUAGGGCCAUCUCUAAUGACAGUCUUUAUUGUAUUUGGAGGGUAUUAUGUCAAUUCAGAUAAUACACCAAUCAUCUUCAGAUGGAUACCUAAUGUUUCUCUGAUAAGAUGGGCAUUUCAAGGGCUUUGCAUCAAUGAAUUCAGAGGGCUUAAGUUUGAUCAUCAAAAUUCAUUUGACAUUGAAACUGGUGAACAGGCACUUGAGCGCCUCUCCUUCGGAGGAAGCCAUAUCAGCGAUACAGUGGUAGCUCAAAGUAGAAUUUUACUGUUUUGGUACUGCACCACUUACCUUCUCCUUAAGAAAAACAAGCCCAAGUAUCAACAGCUGGAGCCACUACCUCUUGAACAACAAACUCAACCACAACUAGAGCACGAGCCUUUGGACGCUGACCAAAUCAAACAACUCCAACUCAAUCCUUUUCCAUUGAAACAAGACGAGUUGACCCAGCAGUAUGAACCACCCGGUCUAGACCAAAUCCGACCAUUUAUCUUAGAAGGUACUAAUUAAAGAAGAUGUCUUUACAAUAAAGGAUGGUCUCACUCCCAUGCCUAUUUCUGAGCUGCUGCUCUAUUAGAACUUUGACAACAGCCAAGUUCAUUUAUGUAUAUUUUGAAACUGAUGCAGCUUCCACUGAUAAUUAAAUAUUGGAUAAGGCUAUGAAACAUAAAGGUUGAAGUUGGAUUCGGUCAUUGCAAUGGAUAAUUUAGAAGGCAAUUGUACAAGCAGAUAAGUUAGCUGGCAUGUGUAAAUUUGAAUUGAACGGAGUAAUCAAGUGCCAUGCCGUUUACAGUAGGACAGGCAUUGAUUUCUUUGGUUUCUGAUUCCUCUCGGACACUUUCAACAGGUGGUUUUAUUUUAUCUGUUUCUUCUA